ACCAACAAAAAUAAACAAAUCAAUUAAAAAAGAAACCAAGAGAAAGAAGAACAAACCAAGAAAAAAUAGAAACAGAUUAAGAAAUAAAAAAUAAAAAUAAAAAUACAUUUUCCAAAUGAAAUUCCGAAAAGAAUCGUCUUCCAAUAGUCCAAAGAUGGAUCUGCUCUCUCGUCGUUCAUCGACUGGCAGAUUAUCAACAUUCAAAAGAACAAAAUCAUUUCGUGCUUCCAUUCGAAUAAUGUCAAAAAUUCGCAACCACACAAGCGCCGAUUGUUCAAAUCAAACUACAAACCAAAAUCAAUCAACAAUUUCUCCACAAUCAAAAGAAACGAUAAUUAAAACAAGUCAAUGGACAUUGCCAUUUCUACAAAAGAAACAACAAUCAGAUUCUCUUUCAUCAAACAAAAUUGAGGUAAAUAAAAAAAAUCAAUCUAAAAAAAAUGAUGAUAAUUCCGAAACACGAAAUAUUGAACUAUUAAAAAAUAUCGAAUCAGCAAAAAUAGCCAAAGAUUUAAAACAAAAAUUAUCCCUCACCAAUCGAAUAAUGGGAAGAAAUCGAAAAGGUUUGCAAAAUAAUGUUAAUAAUAAUAAUAAUAACAAUAACAAUAAACGUACCGAUAAACGAGAAAAAAGUAAAUCCACUCCUUCUAGUGAACAAUUUGAAAAGUCUCAUUAUUCUCAAAAUACGGAGAAAAUAACCGGAAAGAAAGAGUAUCCGGUUUAUCCAACUGGAGAAUACAAUUCCUAUGAGAAUCCAACUUUCUGUUUAGACAGUUCGAUUGAUUCUUCCGUGAACGAAUUUUUUUUCCCAGUUAAAAAUGAUGAUUUUGACACAACUGUAAAAAAUACACCAACAAUUAUUAUUAAUGAAAAUUUAAAAUCAUCAAUGGAAACACUCACUAUUCUAGUCGAUUCUAAACGUGAUAAUGAUAAAUGUUCUGUGAUUAAUAAUUUUGAUCGGAAUGAAAAAAAAUUGUCGAAUGACAAAACAAAAUAUGUUAAUAAUGAAGAAAAUGGAAAUCAUGUUAUUUUAAGAAGUACAAUGAAUAAAAUUAAUGAAACUGCCAAUAACAGUCAAUGUGAAGUGACUUCGGAAAAAGUAACUUCCGCCAAGUUCUUAAGACCAAGAACAGUCGAUAAUAUUACCAACUUUUUGAACGGUGGUCGAAGCAGUUUCCGAGUUAAAAAGAUCAAUCAUAAAAAAGAAGUACACGAGUCCAAGGAUCCCGAGUCCAUCAUCCAUGACCGCGUUUCGAUGACAACCACUUUUGGAUCAAAGCUGCAAUCGCAACAAGGGAUGGAUUUUCUUGAGGGCUUUGGAAAAAAGAAAAAUCAACAUCAUCUGAACAACUUGUCAUCAAUUCACAUCAAUCCACUCACGGCACAACCUUCCCUCAAUAUUCACUUGCAUGCUUUGUUUGCAGCAGUCGAACAUGGUCAUAUAGAUAAGGCAAGGACUAUUUUGGAGUCAACUGAUGUAGAUGUAAACAGUGUAAAUAGCGACGGUUUGUCUCCACUGGACGUGGCAGUCUUGAGUAACAACAGACCUUUAGCAAAAAUGUUGGUUACAUUUGGAGCACAGGAAGGCAAUCAGUUUAAAUCACCAGAUUCGUUGGGGAGUCAUUUGGCAUCAUUGCUGUCAGAGGCAGAGCGACGUGUUCAAGAACUAGGAGGCAGUACUUCUGGAAGUAGUGGAACGACCCUUUUGGAACCACUGAGUCAUAGGUCCAGUUUCUCAAACCCACACAAUAAUCUGACAGGAUGUAGCGGAAACACCGAAGACAAACAACUAGCUCUUUGGGAAAGGAGAGCACGAGCUUUAAGGAAAAUGUUACUUGGUUUUAAUCAAGCCAGACCGCCGGAUAAGCCGUACUUGGUAUCGGUUGAUGUCACGGGUACAACUUCCGUCAUAGCCAGGUUUCAAGAAUCAGAUUCGCAUGAUUCCGCAAUUUGCACAAAAUUCAAAGUUCAGUGGAGUGUGAAAGACGAUUUCUCGGUGUAUGACGAGAGGGAAGUUUUAGACAUGAAACAGAGGGAAUGUAGAAUCGAUGGCCUUAUUCAAGGUCAAAAAUAUUAUUUUAGAGCUGCUGCUGGAAAUUUGAAAGGCUAUAGUAAAUUUCGACCUUCGACACCGGCUUAUGUAACUCCAAGCAGUUGGAGAGACAUUGACGGAAGGGUGCCAAGGUUCGCUGGCCGAUUGGAGCAAUUAGAUACCCUUUUUACUGAUAUACGUGGUGCGGAAUAUACACAAGAGACACCAGCGGCACAAAGGCGUAAUCAUAAGAAAAAGACAACGAUAAAGCAAUUAUUCACAGCGACAAGUAAAUUUCAAAAAAAUCUUCGACGAGGAGUAUUCCUUGCGUGUUUACUUUAUAACGAGGAUAAAAUAUUGGUGACAAAUGAAGAUUUUCUGCCUGUUAUUGAAAUUGACGAGACUUAUCCAAGUUGUAUUUAUAAUGAUUUUCAUUGGCUUAUGAAAAUUGCCUGCACAUGGGACGAUGUUAAAUCACUACGUCAGGAUAUGGAAAAAAGUCAUAUGAGCUCGACGAAUCAUUUUAGAAUAAAAUUACUUCAAGCCGCUUCACAGAUGCAGGCGGCAUUGUGUACACAGAACCUAGGGCAACUGUAUUACAAACCGAUUCGAGAUAUUCAAGGCACGUUAGUAUUUACGACGAUAAACUAUGUGAAAACGCCAAAAUUGGUUUCUGUUUUGAAUAGCAGAUGGUUACCGUUGAGUAAAAUAACGAAGAAAAUAAUAACACACGAGGACAGUAAUGUGGCUGACAUUCUCAUGGCCAGUAUACAGGAACAAAUAACUUAUCAUCAAGUCAGUAGUAUUAAAUUAUCCCGUGGUCUCUAUCUCGGCUAUUUGAAAAUGCAAAGCAGCGUGGAUCUUAUUCAGGUCGUUGUGCCAGUCAAGUCGCCGAAUGUUCUGCCCCAUUGUAAAAUUCGGGACAAUCCUCACGUUUCAGCGGAAGAAUGGGAGUACUUGAAGAGGAUGACGCGAAUUCAGGCGUCUUCGACAUCGGUCCUGCAGGACGAGGAGGAAAAGGAGAAUGCCUCGAAUGAAUCACAGGGAACGGAGCAGCAGAAGCAAUUUAUUGAUAUUGUCUCGCAAACGGCGAAACGUCUAUUCAGUCAUAUGGAAAUUAAUCCUGAGGACUCCCUUGUGCAUCGUCUCUAUGACGCGGAAGUGGUCGAUUUAACUCACAAUGUGUCAUUUCUCAUCACUGUUCCACCGGCAGAGACUGCGUGCUCAGUUCCCGGUACGAGGGAAAUUUUACUUCAACGUGGCGAUCUUCUAUCGUUGCCAAUUCAAGUCUUUGAAAUGGUUCACCUCAUGACUUAUCAAAAAGAAGUGAUAAAUCGUUACUCGAGAAUGAGUUGUAUUUUAGAAUUGGACACAGCUCAAGCUCAACACAACCAACGCGAGGCAUUCAGUACAUCAGAAUUAAAUAUCGCCAAGGACAAACUAAUGAGACUUCAGGAUCUUCAAUCACAAAUGAAUACCGUUUGGAAAGGUGCACGUUGGCUCGUUGACGUUAUUACCUUCGCUCGGGACAGAGGAUCAACACUGUCAAACGCUCAAUCAGCGGGAAUUUGCAUGAAACACCUGUUGAGUUUGGACAGAAAUAAAAACAGUGGUAACAGUCUAAAGAGAAGUCUCCUUCAAUUACCUCCGAGAGAUCCAAAAUUAGUAAAAUCAAGUCCUGGAAGAGGUAGUUGGCCAGGUCCAAAUAUCACAAAUUCAUCGUCAAAUCUUCUAACAACGGAAUUUAGUAAAAGUGAACAACAAUUACCAAGCAGUCAAUAUAUUCGUAAAGGUAGUGAUACAUCGAAUAUUUCAAGUGACACCGAACAGGUGAAAUCAUCACUUCCAGUGAGUAGUACCAGUAAUUUAUCAAAUAGCAAUAAUCAUCAUUUGAUUCCACUGCAAAAUAUUCGACUACCACCGUCAAAAUCAGAGGAUACACUUUUAUUGGCGAAAUAUAAACAAAGUCCAAAGAAUCGUUCAGUGGCAGUGACAUCAGUUUCGGCGAGUACAAGUCCAUUAUUGAGUAUUAAACCAAUGAUGUACGGUGGAUCACUUCUCAGUGUUUCGACCGCAAUGACAAAUACAACGAGUUUAUUGAGCGUCAGUAAUAACACGAAUUCAGACAGUAUGCAUUCAAUAAGCAGCGAUGAAUAUUCAACACCAAAUUCAAGUGUUUGCAUAAAAACCGGACACGGGAAAAUAAAAUCAUCAAAACCAACUGCAAGUGUUGCUGCAAUGGCUAGUGGAACGAUUGAGGGUCAUCGUGAUGAGGAGAAGGAUGAAGCUACAAUGAUGCCUGCACCACUUCCUGGAAUUUUGCAGGUUUACGCGGCCUAUGAAACUGGUUUAGCAUCAGGGACAAGUUUGAAACUACAUGUAACCCCAAGAACCACAGCAAGAGAGGUGGUCGAUUUAGUAGUGAAACAGCUCAAUAUGGCCGUAAUGUUGAAAGGCCAAGAAGGGCCAAUUUAUACAUCCGACGAGCUACCGAACUUUUGUCUUGUUGCCGUUAUUGGCGCACGAGAACGAUGCCUCAGGGAUGACUUUAAACCCCUUCAGCUUCAAAAUCCAUGGAAAAAAGGUCGACUCUACGUACGACAAAAACAAGAUGUUCUUGCUGCUCUAGAGCACAGCAGUAAACACACAACAUUUUUGUAGCAAAUUUUUAAAAAAUUGAACGAGUCUUGAAAAAUUUAGACUUUUUUUAAAUUUUCGAUAAAAUUAUUUAUAAUUUUAAUUUUUUUAAUUUUUAAUUUUAUCCUCGAGAUAUGUAAUUCUAGAAUUAGUAUUCUAUUUAUAUAGAAAAAAAAUUGAAUUUAAAAAAUAAUAAAUAGAUUUUUGAUUAUAAAUAACAUAUCAGUAUUUACAUUUAAAUUGUGCCUUUGUUUCUCUAUAUCAACAAAAUUUCGAUGUUUCGAAAAUAAUAUCAAUUUUCAAAUUAUUUCAAAAAUUGUAAGAAACAAUUUUUUUUUUCAAAUUUUUAGAGAACAAUUUUUACACUUCUCAAAUAGGUGUAAAUUUGACCCACAAUCUAUUUUUUUACAAAGACAAUUUUUUCAUUUUUUAAAGAAUAAAAAGACUCGUUCUUUUUAAAAUCGAUAAAAUUAUUGUAAAGCCACGAUAGUAUUUCGAAAUUGAGGCAUAAAAUGAAUACAAAAACAUUCCACGAUGAAUGUGAUUUACUUCGAAAUUCGAAGUUACGAUCCUGUACUAUUUUUCGAAUGUUAGAUAGUUUGUAAAGAAAUUAUUAUAUAAAUAAUACUCAAAAUA